AAUUGGUUCAAAAAUUCACUGCAGCGUAAUCACUGUCAGUUAAUGUUGCUGUCUCGACGUAUAACAAACUUUCGUUCAUUACUUCUGCUACCUUACCUGCUUCAUAAGUUGGUUAUUCCAAGUCGAUAAGACGUUGAAAUUACCAUUAGACUACGAUAAUACUUUGGAUCGUCACGUUUUUGUUUAUCUUAUCUCAGAUGUAUUCACAGUGCUACUCACUUGAGUUGUAAUAGGUCUGUGUUUGUUAUUUGUGUGUCUGUAUAGUGAAGGUGUAGUAAUGAUUUUGAGGAAUAUCAACUUUGUUGACGAACUCAAUGAUGAGUUAAGAGAUUUAAUAGACGAGAUUACUCCUCAUUUUGAAGAAAGUUUGACAAGGGCCUUCAAGAAUGAUACAUUAUCAUAUCACCGGCAAGAAAGGAAGGACUGUAUUCAUACAUUGGACAAUGUUGUUCAUAACAUAGGAGAGACAAUUAUCGAGCUGCGUAAAUUGCAGCUACCCUGGGUGCCAGACUUCAGGAUAAAUCAAUUAAGGGCGCAUUUGGGGAUGCUGUGUUUGGACGUCAGUCUGAAUUUGGGAUCGCUGACGAUCGAAGGCGACUACGAGGCCAACAAUGCGAGACUGCAGGAGUUCCUACCUGUUGCACACGAGGGAAAAGCCACCAUUACCUUCAAUAACAUGGCGGCAAAGGGCAGAGUGGGGCUAUUCAUUAACGAUGAUUCUUUGUUGCCAGAGAAUUACGACAUAGUUUACGAGACCAGAAAAGUCGAUAUAAGGGUGCAAUAUCAAACAAACAAUGCCAGAUGUGUGGAGACGGAGAUCUCAAGAAAUAAUGUAGAAGAAACUCUAGGAAUAUCAAUGUGGAGUCAGUUGACACAAAUCCUGACCGAAUUACUAAACAGACAGCUGAGAAGAGUGCUUUCUGAAUUCGCCCUCAGUGACCUUUUCAGGGACAAGAUGGACAAUUUCAGGGAGAGAGAGAAAGAACUGAUUCUGAAAUCCAACCGGUUGGCCGACUGCCUCUUGUGCUCCACCAAAGAUUUCAUCGUUCACAAUGAAAACCGUGAAGUUUUCACCCCAAAUUACGAUGUAAUAUUCAGAGGCAAACCGACCAGCAUCAAUUUGGGCAACGUAAGGACCUCCCAUGGUGAUUUGAAGGAUUUAUCGACACUCAACCGAAAUAAAUCAUGGAGUUGCUUCGGCAACGAAAAGGAAAUGAUCUUCUUUGGGUCUUUUUCUCUGAAAGAAUUCAAACAUACUUUCAGACUUUACGAAGCUGAGUACGAUUCAACCAAAGUUUCUGGAAGUAUCAGUAUGAGUGUAUACAAAAAUGAUAUAUUUUUCAGAGUUAAGUUUCUGAAGAAUGAGUUCACAUGUGAUUAUAUUAUGGACGAUAUGAAAUUACAAGAAAUAAGAGACAUUGAUGUGGACAUUUCAGGAUUGGCAUCUUUGGGAUGGUUAUACCCUAGAAUAGUAUCAUGGACGAUAGCGAACUGUAGACGUCACGGGAAAGUAGUUUUGGAAAAAUAUAUUAAGGAAGCAUUCGACUAUGCCAUCGAGGAAAUUAAUCGAGAAAAUGAAUGCUCGAAAACGAUGAAAGUAAUAAAUAAUAAAUGAAUUGAAA